AUGAAACUCUUAGCAAUAUCUCCCUCCCUCGAUAUCCGCUUCGUCACAGUUGUUCUGCUGGUGAUGGGCCUCUCUACUCCAGGACAAGCAGAAAUCACCAGUCUGGACUCAGGCAACAUUGAUGACGUGCUAAAUAAUGCUGGGGUGGCAUUAGUGAAUUUUUAUGCAGACUGGUGCAGGUUCAGUCAGAUGCUCCAUCCAAUUUUCGAGGAGGCAUCUAACAUAGUGAGGGAGGAGUUCCCUAAUACCAAGCAGGUGGUGUUUGCCCGUGUCGACUGUGACCAACAUUCGGACAUAGCCCAGCGGUACCGCAUCACCAAGUAUCCGACAUUGAAGUUGUUCCGCAAUGGGAUGAUGAUGAAGAGGGAGUACAGGGGUCAGAGGUCGGUGGCGGCCAUCGCUGACUUCAUCCGCCAGCAGCAGGUCGACCCCGUGAAAGAGAUACACUCACUGGAGGAGGUCAAUGCUGUGGAUAGGAGCAAGAGAAACAUCAUAGGUUACUUUGAAAAUAAGGACUCGGAUAACUACCACACAUAUGAAAAAGUUGCCAACAUCCUUCGAGAUGACUGCACGUUCUCGGCUGCCUUUGGUACUGUAUCUGAGUCUGAGCGCUUCAGUGGAGACAAUGUAAUCUACAAGCCUUUGGGGGAGAGUGUCCCUGACAUGGUCUACCUCAGCUCACUCAACAACUUCGACCUGACCUAUGCUUGGGCCCAGGACAAGUGUGUGCCUCUGGUCAGGGAGAUCACCUUUGAAAAUGGAGAGGAGCUGACUGAAGAAGGAAUCCCUUUCCUCAUCUUGUUCCACGUUAAAGAAGACGCAGAGAGCUUAGAGAAGUUCCAACAUGAAGUGGCUCGCCAGCUCAUCAGCGAGAAAGGGUCUAUAAACUUCCUGCAUGCAGACUGCGAGAAGUUCCGCCAUCCUCUGCUCCAUAUUCAGAAAACUCCUGCUGACUGUCCCGUCAUCGCUAUAGACUCAUUCAGACACAUGUAUGUCUUCCCCGACUUCAAAGACCUCGAUAUCCCUGGCAAGCUGAGGCAGUUUGUGCUGGACCUUCACUCUGGAAAGCUACACAGAGAGUUUCACCAUGGUCCUGACCCCACGGACAGCACGCCUGGACAGGAGGAGACGGGAGGAGAGGUGGCCAGCAGCCCUCCAGAGAGCUCGUUCCAGAAGCUGGCGCCCAGCGAGACUCGCUACACCAUCCUCAGACGGGACCGCGACGAGCUGUGAUCUUACAACAGCCUCCAGUGAUCCUGAGACUCAAUGCCACGCCCCGGGGUCAGGGAGGGGGUUAGGGUUGGGACAGGCCAGCGGGACAGAACAGCAACACCCAACACCCUUACUGAAGAGAGAGGAGGAGGAGGAAGAAGGAGGAGGAGAAAAAGAAGAACAGGAGAAGGAGUACAGUCCACGACACGACCAUGUUGGAAUAACCUAUAUUUUCAUAACUCUUUCACGUACAAUUUUUAUUUUGGAUCAAAAGGAAGUGGGAUAAAGAAGAAAAUGUGUGUGGGCAGGGGUUAGGGGCAUUAGGACAUCAAGAGAAGUGUUUUUACUUUUAUUUUUUGGAGCUUGUAAAUAUGUUUGUGCUACAUGGGAGUCUCAUUGUUGGUCUAAAUUAAAUGCAGAGUUUUCUUUAUUUUAUUCCUUUCUUUUUCAUCACCUGGCUUUUUGUAGAAGAACCCAGAACAGUUCCCUCACUCCAGUCGUAUGGUUCUUAUCUGUGGGUAGUCCAGUUCAGCCUGUCUGAUAGGAGACGCUUGUUUAGUCUCACCGGCCUCAUGGCUGCAUCUCAAUAUGACCAACUCUAGUCUAAUUCAUUUGUAUAGCACAAGUCGUAACAAUAUGCCUGUUGGAAGUAGCUUUAUCUCCAUAUCUUCUCCACACACUCGGCGUUCUGAAGGAAUAGAAAAAUAUUUUGAAAUACUUUGUAGGAGUAACGUAAUGUCAAACCGUGACUUGAGACAGAAGAUAAAGAGACAGAGCUAAUCCAGCCUAUUGAGAUGCACCCCUUCUCUCCCUGGUACUAAAUGGUUAUAGAUUAUGAUGUCUUUUACAGUGCUUAUAAAAAGAAUUGCCCCUUUUGGAACUUUUUAUGUGUUACUGUUUUAUAACACUGAAUCACGGUGGAUUGUAAUUAGGAUGUUUUUUUUUUUUUGCCAGCAAUCAACAGAAAAUACUAUAAUGACAACGUGAACAAGCCUUUGGCCGUUGUACUAAAUUCUGUGUUUAGUAUAGGUCUAACACAAAAAACACACCAUCCCCAUCACGAAGCCUGGUGGUGGCAGUAUCAUGCUGUGUGGAGGCUUCUUUGCAGUGGGCUCUGGACGGCUCGUGAUGGUAGAAGGUUAAAUUGAUGCAGCAGGUUAAAGAGAAAUCCUGGUGCAAACGUACAACUAUAGAUUUAUAUUUUAUAGUAAGACAACCCCAAACAUAAAGCCAAAUGUACACAGGAAUGGCUUGAAAACAGCCAGGUGAAUGCCCUGGAAGUCAGUGUCCAGACCUUAGACAAAUCCAGUAUUUGUGUCAGGACUUGAUAAUUGCUAUUCACUCCAAGUACGAGAGUGUAACUGACCGAAGUAGCUUGAAAGGGAAAGAUGUCCAGAUGUGUAAAGCUGUUACAAGCCCACUGAUGUAGACGUGAGGCUGUAACUGUUGCCAAAGGUGCCUCUAUUAAGUAUUGUCUUGAAGGACAUUAAUACAUGUGCAAUCAAAAAUGUUAAUUUUAGAAAAGACCAAUCUGAAGAAAUCUGAAAAUGUUUCUUUGUGUUCAGUGUCUAAAAGGCCGAUUGCCUCCACUACUAAAACAGUAAAACAUUAAAAAGUCAAAGCGGGCCUUUUUAAAGGCACAGUAUUUGCUGUAAAACCUCUGAGUGGUUAUCCCGGGAAUCAAUUAGGAGGGGGAAAAUGAUUUUAAAUGGGGAACUUGAACACGAUUAUGACAUUUAUGAAAUGGCUGUUGUUUUUGCUGUUACCUGUUGUCAAAUGUGUCAUCAUGCUGGGGGAGAAAAGACUGCAUCCUUCCCUGUGUUUUAAAAAGCUGAGAGACAAGAGGGGGAAAACCCAUGUGAUAAACGGUGGAAAUUUACAGUCUGCCACUUUAUACGAGUUCUCUUAAAACUGGUUUUGUCUCUUUAUAUGUCUUUGAGGUUUUGGUACAAGUCUAAAUCCCUGAGAUCCACUGAGCGUGAAUGAAUCCAAAAGUGGAAGACAGAUUAAGGAUAUGGGGGACCCAUUGCUAAGUUUGUACUGUGCGUCCUGCCCUUCCAUAGAAGCCAACAGAUGCCUAGUGACAUAUCAGCCCACAUACAGGAGAGCAACAGGGGGGGAAUGUGAUACCAUUUCUAAACCAGUCAUCUCAGAGGGGAAGAAGAGUAAAAAAA